AUGGUUUGGCCUUUUACUGCCAAGAAGAAGAGGAAGCAAGCGAGCCAAAAACUGAAGAAGCUUCGCCAUACACUUAGUCUAACAAGAAUGGACGACUCAUCGCAAUUGCUGAAGCCGCUAACUUCUGAUUUUGAGCCUCUUUCACUACCACCUUUGCCUUCUGUUGUCGAUGAUAUGAACCAAGUAAUGGAUGAUUUGUUCAGCGAAAUGAAUUACGACCCCGAGACAGAUCCUUUUAGUGUUGUUUUGAGGGAAUUACGUAUCAAAGAAGCAGUUCCUGCAUACACAAAUGACUGUCCUCCAUCUUACAAGGAGAACGCUUGA